ACACCGUGGGUAGCUUUAGCGGGACUUCCAAUAAAUCGUGAUUCAUAAAAUAAGCACUGAAUGCACGUUUGUUGCGUUAUAAGUAUUGUGUUUGUUUAAAUAUUCCUUUGUUAACCGUUGGUGAAGCAACACGGACGUGCUCAGCUUAUCGUGAAUUAGGAUAGAAGAAUAUUGCAGAAAUGAAGACUUUAGACAACGUUAAGCACCCGCUAGGAAGCGAGUGGAGUUUCUGGCUAUUCACAAAUCAAAAGAAGAAUUGGGCAGAUAAUUUGGUAAAACUGGCAACAUUUGACACCGUUGAAGACUAUUGGUGUUUAUACCACCACAUGAAAGUACCUUCAGAGCUGAAUCUAGGACAAGAGUACUUGGUGUUUAAGAAGGGCAUCCAACCUCAGUGGGAGGACCCUGCGAACCAGUCCGGUGGCCGGUGGCUGAUCAUACUGGAUGGGGAGAAGGCUGCCCAUGUGGAUGCUAUCUGGUUAGACACGGUGCUAGUACUGAUUGGAGAGACCUUUGAACAUGUCGAUGAUGUAUGCGGAGUCGUCUGCAAUAUACGCGCAAAGCACAGAAUCGCUGUUUGGAUGAGAAAUUGCAAAGCCAAAGCGGUGUGCGAGGUGGGCAAGAAACUUCGCGAGCACAUACCUAUCAAGAUGCAAUAUUAUCGACAUAAUCAAACAAAGGCUUUGUUUACUAUUUAGUUUAUUGAUAUAAUCUGCGUAACCUUGUCUCGACUAUGUUAUGGUUGUUUUUCAGUCUGAUCGAAAGCAACUGAGUAUGUACUAGUGUUUAAAUGGAGCGACUGCCUAGCUGACCUACGAUUCAGUUUCUACGUGACACUACACUGAAGUGUAUAGGUAAACGUAGUUUACUGGUACAAUAUUAUUCUCUUAUGCCUACUCGUAAAUAUUCUUUAAGUAACUUUUCCCAAUCUGAGACAAGUUAAAUUAUUUUAGUGUUGUACAAAGUUAAAUAAUUUAGCGUAGGCUAUUUUGUAAUAAAUAAUAGUUUAUAUAA